AUGGCUUCUUUUUUUACUUCAUACUUCCUUCCUUUAGUACUCAUUGCAAAUAUUUUCAACUUUCAAACCUCUUUAUGUGACACGAGUGCAGACGAGGCAUUGAUAGCAGAUAUAUGUAGACAAGUACAAGAUCCUCCUUUUUGCUUAAACACUUUUAGAAAAUUUUUAGCUCAUCUGUAUGUUCCAGAAGAAGUAACACGAGCUGCUAUCGCUCAAUCGUUACAAAAUGCUAACAAUAACCAUGCUUUCAUACAAGCAGCUAAAGCAACUGCAAAAGACAAAGAGACCCAAGACUUGUAUGCUAUUUGUGACAGUAGUUAUGGAUUAAUGACAACCGUUCUCCAAGAUGCUGCCCAAUCAUUAGCUAACAAGGAUUAUAAUGGCUUGGAGAAUGACCUUUCAAGGUGUCCCAAAUUUGUGAGUGAUUGUCAAAAUGCACUUGGUAGCAAGACAACGCCUCAAAUGUUAGAUAGAAGUAGAAAACAAUUUGAUCUUUUAAUAAUGUCAAAAGUUGCCGAAGGCCUCAUUAAGAAAUAG